UUGGUCAAGAGAAUCUAAAAUGGACAGCUAGAAGUCCGGGAACAACAACAGUAGCCCUUUUGCGUCGCGAAAAACGGGAUAAUAAUGAUCAUCAAAGUCAUUCAAUGUUGGAUUCAUCAGCAUGGACAUGUUGCACAAAGUCUCCGAAAAGACACUGAAGUUCCAGGCCGCGCUGCAAAUCUUCCUAAAGGGCCACGGUCGCACGGAAGCCCCGCCUGGAACGGGGCAAGUGUUAGCUUCGCGUCAAAACAAACCGCCUUUGUAACCCAGGACUGCAGCUGAAUGGACGACUUCUCGACUUGACCUUUUUACAACAAAGGCGCUAUCGUGCAGAAAUGCUGGAGAUGCUGUAACAUCGACCACAAAGAGGAGCACCCCGGCUACACGGGCCUGUCCCGGUUUUGCGGCAGCGCGGUGUGCCAAUGCUGCAACUACGGUCGGGUCGCAGAGAGAGAGAUGUGACGCUGCGGAUGAAACGAUCGCGGCUCAGCCGGUGAGCUAGACGGAGCUGCGGAGGGAAACGCCACUGGGCCUCACCGGGAGGAUGAUACCGGGGUGAAGCUCGGGCCAGCAGCCGAGGCGAGCCCUGGGACUUUUGAGACUGCGUGAGUGAUCUGCCGUGGAAUCCUGAGAGGGCGGAAGUCUCCCGACAGGAGACAAGAUGGCGUCCAACAACACCCUGCGCAGCUACUCCAUCAUCCCAUGUUUCAUCUUUGUAGAGCUCGUCAUCAUGUCCGGCACGGUGCUGCUGGCCUACUACAUGGAGUGCACGGACCUGUUCAGCGUGCACGUGCAGGGUUUCUUCUGUAAUGAUGCCGAGCUGAUGAAGCCGUACCCCGGCAACGAGGAGUCCAGCUUCGUCCCCCCGCUCAUCCUGUACUGCGUCGUGGCUGCCGCCCCCACCGCUGUGAUUUUCAUCGGAGAGGUCUCCAUGUAUGUGAUGAAGUCGACGAGGGAAGCUCUGCUGGCCCAGGAGAAAACCAUCGUGACGGGGGACUGCUGUUACCUCAACCCCCUCGUCCGCCGCAUCAUACGCUUCAUAGGUGUGUUUGCGUUCGGCCUGUUCGCCACGGACAUCUUCGUCAACGCGGGCCAGGUGGUGACGGGAGGCCUCUCGCCCUACUUCCUGUCCGUCUGCAAGCCCAACUACACCGGCACAGAGUGUCGCUUCAAUCACCAGUUCAUCAUCAACGGCAACAUCUGCACGGGGAGCCCCAUCGCCGUGGAGAACGCCCGCCGGUCUUUCCCGUCCAAGGAUGCGUCGCUGAGCGUUUACUCCGCCGUCUACCUGACGAUGUACAUCACCAGCACCAUCAAGACCAAGUCCAGCCGCCUGGCCAAGCCUGUUCUCUGUCUGGGCACGCUCUGUUCAGCCUUCCUCACCGGCCUCAAUCGAGUCUCGGAGUACCGGAACCACUGUUCGGACGUCGUGGCCGGAUUCAUACUGGGAUCAGCUGUCGCUCUCUUUCUGGGUAUAUGUGUCGUGAACAACUUCAAAGGCGUCCACUGCGCAGCGGCCAAGCAGAAGACCGAGGACUACCGCGGCCUGCCUCUAAUGACCUUCCCCCGCGUGGAGAGUCCCCUGGAGACCCUCAGCGCACAGCGAUGACACAUGUUCAGUGAAACAUACAGAACCACUCGGCAUCGAUGACGGAGGUCACAUGACUAAGGGGGCAGCACCGGGUCACGUUUGCGUCUCCACAGCACUUCCAGACACAAUGACGAGGGACGCAUGCCGCGUGGCGCCGAAUGCUUGACGGAAAGAAAAAACCCACAAAAAACACUCCUGAUGUAUCCGUUCCAUUCACCUGGGGGGACAAAACACACCACGUUCGUCACGGUUCUCAUCUAGUUGGGCCGCGCUCAGCUCAACCUGCCGAGGCCGCGCGCAGAUCGCACCAGUCGGCAGAGAUAUCACAAGGCAAACUUGAGCACAGAUGUUUCUCUUUUUCUCCAGAUAUUUGAAACCAUUCGAAACGUGGGACAUUUUCUUUUUCCCCCUCCCUCCCAGGUCGGCAGUUUGUAGUUAGAGGACAGUGUUUUGUACAUUUUGUAUGAGCGAGUGCUGUAGCCUAUCCUGACGGUGUUACACCUGCACACUUCCUGUCAGCCGACUCCCUCUGUUUGACUUCACGUCCUGCCAGGUGAAAUGCCUUUGUCGAUCACCGCAUCUAUCCCUCUUAAUAAGUCUGAAAAACCUGCUGUGAAAAGAAAGUGUUGAUGUUGUCGUUCCUGUGACGUUUGUCCUUUGUACAGAAAAAAAAAGGAAAGAAAAAAAGACAGAAUCCUUCUUUUUAUUAUCUCUGUCUGUACAUUAAUUGACCGUGUCAGGUCAUAUUUUGUAAAGAUUUUUGUUAAUCUGUAUGACUAUUAUGAUCCAUUUGGACCUGUUUGCCUGCUGUAAACCUGGAUAUGUUAUGGUAUCAGUUUAAGUGUUUUUGGGGAAAGACCCAAGUCUCUCUCUCCUUCGGAAGAAAAUGACAAGGAAGAGCGAGUGACGUCCUCUGUGUCAGAAAAUGGGGUCUGUUCACCUGCAGUGCCACGUUGUGUGAAAAUAUGAUCGGUGGGAAUUCUCACUAUGGGUGCGUUUCACCCCAAUUUCCUGAUUCACUGUGAUGUUGAUAGGAAUUAGCCCGACAGAGAUGUCCAGUGGGGGCUAGGCCGCGCCGGAUCUACAGUACCUGGAAUUUCACUGGUGUAGCUUUACAAUUAAAUUUGAACUGAAAUCCCAAUGGACGACAUCCUUCUAAAAAAAAAAUGUGGAAAAAAAGAGAGGGAAAUGCCUGUUCGGAGUGAAACUGGGUGAUUUCUCUUCAGGCGCGGCUAGCCCCCCCCCCCCCCCCCCUUUUUUUUUAAUGGAAACCAGGCUAAUGACUCCUGCUUCAUUUUUCCUCCUCGAGGCGACCCUCCCCCUUCCUGAGCCACCAGUGGAUUGUGAUGCAAUGUUGUGACUCCAUUUCCUAUUGGAAGAUACGCCCAGCAUGAAGAGAGAAGUCAAGAUGUUUUAUAAAUAUUCAUGAUUGAAAUUGAGCUCAUCAUCAUCAUUGUUGAUUAUAAUCAUGUUUUGCUUUCGGGAACAAAAAGAAGAGCGUUUCGUUAGAAAUGCUGUAUAUAUAUAUUUUUUUUGUUCUUGGUUUCGUCCACGAAUAAAAUAGUCAGUAGCAACAAA